AUGGAAAGGAACCAGCAAAAAGCUUCCAAUAGCAAUCAAGGCAAACCUUCGGAAAUAUCAAAUUCGAGAGGAAGUCAUGUACAAAAACCUGGCAAUGAGAAGUCCAAGAAAAAGUUGAUCGUUUCUUAUGUGAACGAAUUUCUGCAGAAACAAUCUGAUUUUGGUUGGUUGACACAACCUUUUAAUCACGUAGUUGGUUCGGAUCAUUUUAAAAAUUUAGUUGUACGUUCAACCUUUCCGGUCAACUUGAAUCAAGUUGAUUUCGAAUAUUAUAUUGAUAUGACAUUCAACGAUUUUCCACCAAAUCUUACAACAAGAAUGAAAGAUUUAUUUCAGACAAGUAAUCAGAAUCCUACAUCAGAUGACAUUAAAAUUUCUGAAACUGCAGAUGGUGCAGUAACAGCCACAUUGAUACAAAUUUUAUGUCAAAAGAAUGAUCGUGAUGAAAUAGAAAUGCUAGUCGGCUCUGUUUCUCUUACUCGACGUCCGCCGAAAGGUUACUAUUUUACUGGAUCCUACUGGGAACAGCAUAAAGAGCAAGUCAAAACAGCUUUACAAUAUAUCUAUGGGAAAGAAGCUCAAAAAGAACAAUUAGACUAA